AUGAACAGGGAGGUUGAUGUCACGGCGCCCAGCUGGCAAGUGUGGAGCACUAUUCCUGGUGGAUACGUGGCCUACAGUGCGCUGCUCUAUGACAAGUUCAGGAUGCGCACACAGCAGGUGGUUACACCAGGCAUGCUGUUUACCAUGCUGGGCAUUGAUGACACCACCAGCGCCAGCUUAACCACCUUCUACCCCAACAUCCCCCAUAAGCAGGACAGUGAGUGGAUCUUCCCAGAAUUCAGGGUGGGCAUGCCUGACAUUGCUAGGGCUGGCCAGAAGAAGACUACCAUCAACCAGCUGGGUGCCUGA